ACCAUAUUUAUUAUCUCCUUGCGCACACUUAGAAGAUCUAGCAUGAAGACUUUGGUGAUUAUCGCAGGUGUGCUUGCUGUUAUGACGGGGAUUAACGGUUUCGAUGUCAAAAAUUCACGAAGUUUCAAUCAAUAUUUUGCAAAAUGCGAAGAAGAAUUGGGCGGAAAGCCAGUUGAACGACGUCCGGAGAAGAUCCAUUGUGCUCUAGUAAAGUUUGGCAAUAUUGUGAAAGCGAAUGGCGAGCUUGACGAAGUGGAAAGCUGGAAAUUAUUUGAGGACACCAUCUCCGACGCAAACAAAUUGGAACAGGCCAAAAUGUUAUUCUACAAAUGCUAUAACGAAACGAUUCAAAGCGGAAGCACCGGUAAAGAACAGGCUAUGAAAAUUAUCACGUGCGCUUCGCCAAAUUUGGAUCUUCUCGACAAAUUAAAUUAAAAGUGGAUCGGAAAUUUUCUGCCAAAUAUAUUGUGCCAUACGUUCUUAUUAUAUUUUGUCCACGAUUCUCUAUGUUACUUUUUUAAUUCAUUGUUUUCUUGCUGUGUAAUUGCUUGCGAUUGUAUAUUUAUAAUGGUAAUUCAAUAAAAUAAGCUAAUCCUAAAGAAA